AUGGUGAAGCGAGUCGUUUUGCAACUCCUGUUGCUUCUCGGGGCAUGGAGAAUAGAUGGCAUGAAGUGUCCUGAAAAUUAUGACACUCUCCCUCUGCCGCAUGAGUGGUAUCAGCCAGGUGACCUCUUCAUUGGUGGCAUUUCUUCUCAGAUCAUUUACACGCUUCAUACCAUUCCUUUCACAGAACAUCCUUUGCAGGAGUUAUUUGAGCUUCCAGAAAUGGUGACUAAGUUCUACCAACAUGCCCUGGCCUUGGCUUUUGCUAUAAGUGAGAUCAAUGAGAAUAAAAAGAUCCUGCCAAAUGUCACCCUCGGGUUCUACAUCUCUGACAGCUACUACGAUGGAAGGAUGACUUACUGGACCAUCCUGGACCUGCUCUUCAAAUCACAGAAAUUUGCCCCUAACUACAAGUGUGAUUCCCGGAGAAAUGUGAUAGCCAUCGUCGGUGGACUUAUUGCUUCUGUUUCAUUCCACAUAGCAGACAUCCUAGGUCUUUACAAGAUUCCACAGCUCCACUCACUUCUCCAAGGCAUUUCCUUUAACAAUUCAGCUGGAGAAACCAUGUCUUUUAAUAAGAACAAGGAAAUGGGAGCUGGAUUUGACAUCAUGAACAUGGUCAUGUUCCCGAACAAGUCCUUUCUCCGAGUGAAAGUCGGAAGGGUGGAUGGAGAAGAGAAAGGAUUAAUCAUCCAUGAGGAUAUGAUUGUGUGGCACAGACAUUUUAACCAGGUGGUGCCCGUUUCUGUGUGCAAUGACCCCUGCCGCCCUGGUUAUCAGAAGAAAAAGAAGGAAGGGGAGCAAUUUUGCUGCUACGAUUGUGCUCCCUGCCCAGAACGGAAGUUUUCCAGCCACAAAGACAUGGAUGACUGUUUCACAUGUCCAGAAGAUCAGUAUGCAAGCAUGGAGCGGGAUCGAUGCAUCCCUAAAAUCAUAAGCUUCCUGUCUUUUGAAGAACGUUUAGGAACCAGUCUAGUUUCACUUGCUAUUUCUCUGUCCCUGACCACAGGCUUAGUCCUUGGAACAUUCAUUAAACACAGAGAUACCCCCAUCGUCAAAGCCAACAACAGGGAUAUCACCUACACUCUCCUCAUCUCCCUCAUCUUCUGCUUCCUCUGCUCUUUGCUGUUCCUUGGAGAACCAAGCAAGGUGACCUGCUUCCUCCGACAAUCUGUGUUUGGCAUCAUCUUCUCAGUGGCUUUGUCUUGUGUCUUGGCCAAAACCAUCACUGUGGUUGUAGCUUUCAUAGCCACCAAUCCAGGGUCCAGCAUGAGGAAGUGGGUGGGGAAAAGACUGGCCAACUCCAUUAUUAUCUCUUGCUCCCUCAUUCAAGCAAGCAUUUGUUCAGUGUGGCUGGGUACCUCUCCCCCUUUCCCAGAUUUUGACACUCAGUCCCUGAUUGCAGUGAUCAUAGUAGAAUGCAAUGAAGGCUCUGUCAUUAUGUUUUACCUGGUCCUGGGCUACCUGGGAUUUCUGUCCCUCAUCAGCUUGCUUGUGGCCUUCAUUGCCCGGAAGUUGCCAGAUAGUUUUAAUGAAGCCAAAUCAAUCAGCUUCAGUAUGCUGGUGUUCUGCAGUGUUUGGUUGUGUUUUGUUCCAACCUACCUGAGCACCAAAGGAAAAUACAUGGUAGCUGUGGAGAUCUUCUCUAUCCUGGUCUCCAGUGCUGGGUUACUGGCUUGUAUCUUUUCUCCCAAGUGCUACAUCAUUGUGUUGAGGCCUGAACUCAAUAAGAAGGAUCACCUCAUGAGAAAAAAUUAA